AUGGGUGAUAUCGAUCUGCCCUCCAAGAUCAAGGAAGUAAUCAGGGGGGUUCACGGAAAGGUGAACCGUCUCAACACGGCCCGAAUUCCGCUUUGUCUCCCACCCCGAGCAAAAUCGCCAGCCAUCUAUACACUAGGACUUUCGCGAUAUGCCGAGAUUUUUCUGGGACUCGAGAAGGUCUGGAAUGACCUGAUAGGGGACGCUUCAGAGUGGAUGGGCAACAUGAGCUAUAAGCCAAGCUCGUACAAGAGCGACAAGGAGAGAGUGCAGGCAGUCCUACGAACAAUAUACCUUCCCGAACUUUUGCGAACAAAGCGGCUGCAAGCUGAUUUUGCGGCCCUGAAACCGCUGCAUGCAGAGAUGGACAAUCUCGACCCGGGGGGAGGAAACGCGGGCAGCGAGUUUCGAAAAUACAUUGAGCAAGACGUCUCGACAAAGCCACAUCUGCUCGUGGCCUACGUAUGGAUCAUGUACCAAGCCCUGUUCAACGGCGGACGCUUCAUCCGCGCGCAGCUCCUCAAAGCUGGCCCCGAAUUCUGGGGUUUAUCCGCCCAAGAGGCGGACCUCACUGCCUUGCCGCCACCUCUGUCCUUCUGGCGCGUCCAAGAGGCUGAGCUCGUCAAGGCCCGGUUCAGAGAUUGCGUCGUGGCGGCGGACAAACUGUUGACCGAGCCCGAGAGACGAGAGAUUCUUGACGAAGCACUGGAGAUUUUCAGGCGCUGCGAACUGAUUACACUCCAGCUCGACGAGGAUGCUGCACGGGGGGCAGCCUACGAGCCAAGUUGA